GGCAGCGCCUGUCAAAGAAAGGCUGAAGCCGAAGUUGAACUCCGUGGUCUUCUUAGCUUCGUGCUAGGCGACGUCACAUGGGAAAUAAUACUUUAACCUGACAGUUAAAGUUUCUGCAGUCCCCCUUCCGCCUGUUACCCACUACUCUCUACCUCACCUCUGGACUAUUAAAGCAACAAGAUGGCAAACAUUGGCAGGCUCUCCACCAAGGAUGCAGUGCUUUUCCUGUGCGAUAUGCAGGAGAAGUUCAGACCCAACAUCUUCCAGUUCACCAACAUUGUCAGCAAUGCAGCCAGACUGCUCCAGGCCAGUCGUAUCCUGGGCAUCCCCCCCAUUUUGACAGAGCAAUAUCCUAAAGGUCUUGGGCCCACAGUACCAGAGCUGGGAGCUGAGGACCUAAAGGCCCAUGCUAAAACUUCAUUCACCAUGAUGAUAGAGGAGGUGCAGAAGGAGCUGGAGGCCCUGGGGAACCCCAAACAAGUCAUACUGUGUGGAAUAGAGGCUCACGCCUGUAUCGCUUGCACAGCUUUUGAUCUGCUCGAGAAGGGGAUAGAGGUUCAUAUUGUAGCUGACGCCGUGUCAUCCAGAAGCCAAACGGAUCGUUUGUUUGCUCUGUCACGACUGAAACAGAGCGGAGCAUACCUCACCACCACAGAGGCUGUUCUGCUGCAGCUGGUUCAAGAUGCCAAACACCCCAACUUCAAGGAGAUUCAGAAGCUUCUGGCGCAUCCGUCUCCUGACACCGGCCUCCUUGCUUUCUUCAGCGCUCUGUAAAGAGACCCAUGUCCUACCAUUGUGUCCCACUGUAAAGAGCUGUACCAAUAAAGCGAUGUUGCUACUUUAAA